UAAUCGUUCAUUCCACCUUAAUCAUGAUUUUCAUGGUUGUCUCCAAACUCCAUGCCAAAACUGUACCUUUCUUUCCUGUGUCUUUGCCAAACUCCAUUCUCUGCAAACUAGCACCUACAUUUAGUUGUCUUCCAAGGGGUGAAGAAACCCAAGAAAUUCCUUGUUUGAGAACAUAUCAAAGCGAAUCUUGAUUAUUAAUAUACUAUUCUUGGGGGAUUUUAUAGUUGGCUCUGCAUUUGCAGUCAGAUUUUGAUUAUUUCUGGGGAUUUCAUAAUCUGGGGGAUCUAUAUAUACAGUCAGCUUUUGAUUUCACUAGAUUGAGAGACUUAGAUAAUUAUUGGGUUGUUUGGUUACAAGAAAAUGUUGCCAGUUUCUAGGUUAGUUGGUUCAGAGACGAUGACUUCUACAAUGUUUUCAAGCUUCUGUUUGGAAUCUAAAGUAAUUGGUGGUUCCAGAGUUAGUCCCAAGUUUUGUUCUUGGAGAGGCAUUUAUUUGAAGGCUUCUUAUUCAAAGACUUCCCAUGAUGCAAUUAGUGCAGUUGCAGAGGAAAAAUUCUUAGUUGAAGCUUUUCCUUAUCAUAUCAAUGGAAGAAACGGUUCGAGUUUGUACCUUAGGGAAACUAGAGUCCUUGAUGCCUCUGAUGAUGAGUAUGGUGGAGUAGUUGUUAAUCCAGGAAAGCUACCUUCCAACCCAAAUACGUUUACCUCUAUGCUUCGUGCAUCUCUCUCGCACUGGAAACUAAAGGGAAAGCAGGGUGUUUGGCUUAAGCUUCCAAUAGAAAAAUCGGACUUGGUCCCUGUGGCUGUGAAGGAAGGAUUUGAAUACCAUCAUGCGGAAAAAGGGUAUGUGAUGAUGACUUACUGGAUUCCCCAAGGGCCUUCCAUGCUUCCUUCUAAUGCUUCUCACCAAGUUGGAGUAGGGGGUUUUGUGAUCAAUGACAAGAACGAGGUGCUUGUUGUUCAAGAAAAACAUUGUGCUCCAGAGCUUUUUGGUCUUUGGAAAAUACCAACUGGUUUCAUUCUUGAGUCCGAGGAGAUCUAUACUGGAGUUGUGAGAGAAAUAAAGGAGGAAACAGGAAUUGACACUGAAUUCGUUGAAGUUAUAGCCUUCAGGCAUGCUCAUAAUGUGGCGUUUCAGAAGUCUGAUUUGUUCUUUGUCUGUAUGUUAAGACCCGUAUCGAAACAGAUCAUGGUAGAUGAUCUCGAAAUUCAAGCAGCAAAGUGGAUGCCUUUAGCGGAGUUCGUGGAGCAGCCCCUCAUACAAUCAGACAGCAUGUUCAAGAAAAUCAUCGACAUCUGCCUUGCCCGUCUGAGGAAGCGUUACUGUGGACUGUCUGUCCACCAACUCGUGUCGAAAUUCGAUGGCAGACUAUCCUCCUUGUACUUCAACACAGUCGAGGAUCCAGAUUCAAACUGCCAGGCUAAUUGACACUUGCGCCAGCCUCAUCGAUCUAGCUCCAUUCACAAUAUAAUGCUCUGAUCUGCAUAUAUAAUUCGAUCUUCAUUAUGUUGCCUCCUCGCCCUCGACUCUUCUUGAUGAUGAAGGUGCGCAGAUCAGAAUUGAGUUGAACUAGACUGUUAGUAUAACUGGCCCUGGCCGGGUCACAUCUUUCUGCAUGUAUUUUAGUGUAUGUAUAUAUUCAUCUAUGUUGAUAUAUAAUAUAGCUAUCGCCUAUCAGGAUAUAUUCUUGUACAUAAGUGGAGAAUUUGCAGUC